AUCAUCAAACGGGCAGCUCUUGAAUUUGAGGAUGGCAUGUAUGCCAACUUGGGCAUAGGAAUCCCCCUUCUGGCCAGCAACUACAUCAGCCCCAACUUAACUGUUCACCUUCACAGUGAAAACGGAAUCCUGGGCCUGGGUCCGUUCCCGCUGAAAGAGGAGGAGGCAGAUGCAGAUCUCAUCAAUGCGGGCAAGCAGACGGUCACCAUUAUUCCCGGGGGCUGCUUUUUCUCCAGCAACGACUCGUUCGCCAUGAUCCGAGGCGGACACCUGCACCUGACCAUGCUGGGGGCCAUGCAGGUUUCCAGGUACGGCGACCUGGCCAACUGGAUGAUCCCCGGGAAGAAGGUGAAGGGGAUGGGGGGUGCGAUGGAUUUGGUGUCCAGCGUCAAGACCAGAGUGGUGGUCACCAUGGAGCACUGCAACAAGGCCAACCAGCCCAAGAUCCUGGAGAAAUGCACGAUGCCCCUGACCGGGAAGCGGUGCGUGGACCGCAUCAUCACGGAAAAGGCCGUGUUUGACGUGCACAAGAAGAAAGGCCUGACGCUGGUGGAGCUCUGGGAGGGCCUGACCGUGGAGGACAUCAAAAAGAGCACGGGGAGCACCUUCGCCGUCUCACCCGACAUCAGGCCCAUGCAGCAGGUGACGCCCUGACCGGGAAGGAGGCCUUGCACUCGGAGGCGGUGGUUUUCAGUUUAAGCUCAGGAUGUCAUCCGAAGGAAGUCGGGAAUCACCAUUCUCCAUUUCGUAAGCAGUCUCUCCACUUUUCUCCUGGCAUCUCGGGCUAGAAAGACUCUAUUCUCUCGAGGGAAAUGACUUUAAAUAAAACGAAAGGAG